AUGAGCAUGCAGAAGGCCGCCAAGAGCAUGACCCCUCAGGCCAUGCAAAUAACGAUUCAGGCCAUACGGGCGGCUUGUAUCAAGAUAGCUCAACUGGAGCCCACGCUACGAAAGCUUUUUGAAACUUUUGAAGACCACAAAAAUGUGUACCUCGUGAUGGAGUUGUGCAGAGGUGGAGAGCUUUUCGAUCGCAUCAUAGAGCAGGGGUAUUUUUCAGAGGCAUACGCUUGCUCGCUCAUGAGGUGCAUUCUGGCAGCCCUAUUCUACUUGCACAAACAUGGUAUUGUACACAGGGAUCUCAAGCCAGAAAACUUCAUGUUUCUCGACAAGGGCAAGGAUGCCCCUUUUAAAAUUAUUGACUUUGGCCUGGCAACUCGCUUCAGUAAUAACUCAUACAUGUCCACCCGAGCGGGCACGCCAUUCUACGUAGCUCCACAGGUGCUACAAGGCAAAUACACCUACAAGUGUGACAUGUGGUCAGCUGGGGUCAUAUUGUACAUUCUCCUUUGCGGCUAUCCCCCAUUCCACGGGGAGAACGACGCCGAAAUUCUUGCUCGCGUUAAAGUUGGAAGGUAUAAGUUUAACGAGCAUGAUUGGAAGGGCGUCUCAAAUGAAGCAAAGGACCUCGUUAGGAAGCUUAUGGCUUUCGAUCCCCACCAACGACUUUCAGCCGAGCAGGCUCUAAAUCAUCCAUGGAUUAAGCACUUCUCUUCUGCUCCCAAUCCUGCAGCAGAUGCCCCAUUCAGCCGUACAAUGCUGGAUCAUUUCAGGGCUUUCCAAGCUCUGUGCAAAUUGAAGAAGGCAGCGCUCACAAUUAUUGCACAACAAAUGAACGAGACGCAGAUCGAGCUCCUGACCCAUACAUUUCUUGCUGGACUUAAAAAGGCAGGAAUGAAAGAUAUUCCUAGCGACCUUGAACAGUUGAUGAAUGACGUAGACUCCGAUGGUUCAGGCGUAAUAGACUAUACUGAGUUCGUGGCUGCCACUCUUGAUAAGCGCCAAUACAUACAGGAAGACGUGUGUUGGGCAGCGUUUCGAGUCUUUGACUUGGAUGGGAACGGCCGAAUCUCCGCUCAGGACCUAGCACAUGUCCUACUGAACACAGAUGUACAGUCCGUAUUCCCAUCUCCUGCUUCUCCUGGCAACGGGAACGCUGCCCCGUAUUCAGCAACUCCAAUGGAAGAUGAUGCUCAGCGAGAAGGCCAAAAAGGAGCCGGAAACAUUCUAUCUCCCCAAGAAAAACACCAUCAAAUGCAGCAGAUCAAGAGUAUUAUUCGUGAAGUGGACAGGAAUGGAGACGGAGAGAUAGACUUUGACGAGUUCAUGGACAUGAUGCGUCGGAGCACCAUGUACGUCUCCUAA